AUGUCGAAUACUUGGGGAAAUCCUGAGCCUUCAAGGCCUAUUGAACAAACAUUUUCGCCUAGAGGACCAGCGUGUAAUGCGAAUUCACCAAACAGGGGUGUGCCCUCUUUCGAAGGCACGUGGAGUGCUGGUGUCAAUAAAGCUGAUGAUGAUGAUAGAUGGGAUCCAAGUUAUAAUAAUAUUAAAACAUCUCCUAAAGUGCCUCGACCACCGCCACCAAAAGAUCGUAAUUAUGAUAAUGAAGUUGAUUUAAUAGAAACGCGAAGAGAAAAAGUUUCAACAAUAGAUAAGGGUUCUUCUGCGAUGAUGUGUGAUAAAGAGGUUCAAACAGAUCCGAUUAAUUUAGCACAUAUCAAACAUUUACCACCAAAAUGGACUUCUUGGGUUAUUCAAGAAUUAUCUCUUAUUGAUACAAAUGGACGUAUACCAAAACCUGACAAUUUAGUUAUUCUCGAUCAGAAAGACCCAUUCAAAGAGAUUCCUAAUAAUCAAGGCAAUAACGCAUCCAAAGAGACUCCUAAUAAUCAAGGCAAUAACGCGUGGGGAGCAUCCAAAGAGACUCCUAAUAAUCAAGGCAAUAACGCAUGGGGAGCAUCCAAAGAGACUCCUAAUAAUCAAGGCAAUAACGCAUGGGGAGCAAUCAAAGAGACUCCUAAUCAAGGCAAUAACGCAUGGGGAGCGUCCAAAGAGACUCCUAAUCAAGUCAAUAACGCAUGGGGAGCAAUCAAAGAGACUCCUAAUCAAGGCAAUAACGCAUGGGGAGCAUCCAAAGAGACUCCUAAUCAAGGCAAUAACGCAUGGGGAGCAACCAAAGAGACUCCUAAUCAAGGUAAUAACGCUUGGGGAGCAACCAAAGAGACUCCUAAUCAAGGUAAUAACGCUUGGGGAGCAACCAAAGAGACUACUAAUCAAGGCAAUAACGCAUGGGGAGCAUCCAAAGAGACUACUAAUCAAGGCAAUAACGCGUGGGGAGCAUCCAAAGAGACUACUAAUCAAGGAAAUAACGCCCCUAAUCAAGGCAAUAACGCAUGGGGAGCAUCCAAAGAGACUACUAAUCAAGGCAAUAACGC